UUUUUCCCUGCCCCCGGGGGAGGCGUCGCCGCCUCCCCUCGGAGGAGCGCUGACAUCAGCCUUAAAAGCCAGCGCCGGGCGUGGGAGGCGAGAGUAAGGCGCGGCUUUGGCUUAAUCCGGCGGCGCUCCCAGCCACUCUCCGCGGAGGAAGAUCACAUUUUUUUGGAAAUCCAUUCACCCACCCACCCAUCCAUCACCCGUCAUGGCAAACCGAGGCCCUGCUUACGGACUCAGUCGGGAGGUUCAACAAAAGAUCGACCGACAGUAUGAUCCUGAACUGGAACAGAUUCUCAUCCAAUGGAUCAAGGCCCAGUGUGGACCAGACAUUGGGGAGCCUGAGCCGGGUAAAGACAAUUUCCAGAAAUGGCUGAAAGAUGGCACGGUACUCUGCCUGCUGAUCAACAGCCUGUAUCCUAAGGGCAAGGGACCAGUGGCCAAGAUCCAGCCUUUCACCAUGGCCUUCAAACAAAUGGAGAUGAUCUCUCAGUUCUUACGCGCGGCCGAGAAUUACGGCAUCUUGGCGUCAGAUAUUUUCCAAACCGUGGAUUUAUGGGAAGGGAAGAACAUGGCCUGCGUUCAGAGGACUUUGAUGAACCUGGGCGGUUUGGCAGUCUCUAAAGAAGAUGGCUUCUUCGUGGGAGACCCCAACUGGUUCCCGAAGAAAUCCCAGGAGAAUCGCCGGGCUUUCUCGGACGACAAACUCCGAGAGGGACAGAACGUCAUCGGGCUGCAGAUGGGCACAAACCGAGGGGCUUCCCAGGCGGGCAUGACGGGUUACGGGAUGCCCCGUCAGAUCCUUUGAGCCCACCGUCCCGGCCUUCCCCUUCGCCUCCUCCAAUAUCUUCCUUUGUUUCCACACACACACACACCCCCGAGAACUUUCCGAGUUUCUUUUCUCCAAGAAACAAUCCUUCCGGAUUAGAACUCCAUUUUUCCUCCAGACUUUCGGCCAUAUUUUUUUUUUAAAGUAUUAAAACAAAAAUCCCUCUAAGGCAGAUGUCUUCAAACUUGGCCGCUUUAAGACUUGUGGACUUCAACUCCCAGAAUUCUCCAGCCUGGAGAAUUCUGGGAGUUGAAAUCCACAAGUCUUAAAGCGGCCAAGCGUGAAGACAUUUACUCUUAAGGGUUUCUUUCGGUCGUAUCUCCCCGUUCCUGCUUUUCCUGUCUCAGCUGAGAAUUACAUUUUCUCCCUGCCUCUCCAUCAUCUCCCGGCCCUUCCCGGCUCAAAUCUUGAUAUACGUUCCCCACCUCUUCCAUCCACUUGGGACCAAUUCAUGUCCAAAGACAAGAGGGUGUGUGUUUCUCCCCCCCUCCCCACCCUCGUUUGCCCUUCUUCUCCAAAUAUUUUGAAAAGAUCCUAAACCUCCCAACCUCCCAAAAUGGCCUUUUGAAGGGCAGCUACUUUGGAAUCGAAACUUUUCAGGUUUCGCUCUUCUCUUCUGGACCAAAAUAAUCACUUUUGAAGAAAGUCUUGUAUCUAAAGUUUCAGGGUUGUUGGGUUUGUUUUUUUUGUUUUGUUUUUUUUGCUUCAUCAUCCCCCAAAAAAGACCCACGAGAUGCUAUAGGAUAGAUGGUGAGCUUGCAACUACUGCCGUUUCUAUAAUUUUGGGUGCAUUCUGGAUGGCCCUGCACUCAACGCCCACCGCAAUCGGAAAGGACAGGAAAAAUCAGGGGAUUUGAUCCCUUUCUCCCAAAAAAAAAUAUCCCCCUGGGGAACGGGGUUCUUGGAAGACCCCUAUCUAUGCUUCCUGGGUUCAGCUUUUAGUUUGAGAAGGGGGCGACGGUGUUUAGAGAGGACACAUCCAUGCAGCGGAGUCUGCUCUAAUCUGUUUCCCUUGCAGAAAAAUCCUUAAAUCAAUCAAGGGGUAAUGGGGGGGGGAGAGGAGAGGGAAACCAGCCUUAGGGGAUACCCAAGGACCAUGGUGCUGCCUUUUCUGUAUUCACUCCUCCGUAGCUCCGCUCAGCCUUUUGGUCUCGGCCUUCGGGAGCUUUUGUUGAGUCCCGCAGCUUUUUUGGGGAGAAUGGAGGCAAAGCCAGAAGCGAUAUAACUACCCUGAACUUUGAAACGGUGGGGUGGCGGCGUGUGGAAAGUAUUCUGCCUCGAGGCUCUUGAUAAGAAAUAAAGAUUGCUCAAUUCUUUUGUGGA